AUGUCGCUGAUUCAUCCCGCGGACUCCUAUCUCUCGAGGCUGAUUAUGAUACUCAAAAAUUUGACUGAUAACGCUAAAAACUUGGCUGCCAACGCAAAGAUAGAGGAUAUGUCACGACUGAUCAAAAACCACAUGGCAGGCAAACAAGACGUGAAAAACGCGCUUAGUGGCGUCAUGGAGAUCGAGAAGAACCUCUCGCCGAAACAGUGCGCAGUUCUGGACGUGGCUUUGGACACGAUAAAGCAGUACUUCCACGCCGGAGGCAACGGGCUGAAGAAAACUUUCCUCGAGAAGAGCGCCGAAUUGCAGUCGCUCCGCUACGCCUUAUCCCUGUACACGCAGACAACAGACACGCUCAUCAAAACAUUCGUCCAAUCCCAAACCAACACCGGUACGUGCCCAACUUUCACCAGUUUCGUUUUUUCUAUGUAUUCUCUCUCUUGGAAUUUUCUUGCUCUUCUGUCUCUAUACUGCGCCACCCGCAACUGCUGCACCAAGGCCCGGAAACUACGGUUGAGGGAGCCGAAACUCAGAACAUCCCAGGCCCCGAGCCGCGAGAGGAGUUCCCGCACGGCGCGCCGGACGCCCAAAACCUUGACCAACCGGAAAAUCGGGCUAAUCACCUGGUCGCGCGUUUCGGACACCUUGGAAAACCAACCGUUUUUCAUUUAG